CCUGUCCUUUCGCCAGAUUCCUUGAUAGUAGCAGUAGAGAGUUAGAUCAGCCAUGAAGUACAAUCCAAGGGUCUCGAGUUCGAGGCGCAAAUGCCGAAAGGCACAUUUCACUGCACCGUCGAGUGUGCGUCGUGUGUUGAUGAGUUCCCCUCUAUCCUCAGACCUGAGAAACAAAUACAACGUCAGAUCGGUCCCUGUUCGGAAAGACGACGAGGUCCAGGUCGUCAGGGGAACCUACAAAGGAAGAGAAGGUAAGGUAGUUCAGGUGUACCGUCGCAAAUGGGUCAUCCAUGUAGAGCGCAUCACCCGGGAGAAGGUUAAUGGAUCCACCGUCAACGUUGGCAUCAACCCUUCGAAAGUUAUCGUCACGAAGCUCAAGCUAGACAAGGAUCGCAAAGCCCUCCUCGAUCGUAAGGCCAAGGGUCGCGCAGCAGACAAGGCCAAGGGAAAGUUCACUGCCGAGGAUGUCGCCGCCGCCGCUGGACCCUCUCUUCAAGAGAUCGAUUAGAGAAUCCCUUCUUUAUGUUUUGUUCAGGAACAUGGAUGAUUAGUUACAUUUUCUACCAUCUGCGGAUUUGACAAUUGAGUAAUUUCUUGUUGCAUUUAUAUUAAUUCCGACUAUAUGAAAUGAUUUCAAAUUGUUGGCAUCAAGUAGUACAUACAUUGUCUGAUUAUCAAUUAAACUGUUGCAACGUUCAUAACUUUAGCUUUGCA